AUGGCGAAUCUGGAUCACGAGUCAUCCGCGGUGAAGGUGAAGCUUCACCAGUUCGCCGCGAGCGCUCUGGAAAUCCCACCAAAGAGACUUCAAACUAAACUGCACAGAACAUGGCUGGCACUCGGGGGGGACUCCCUGACAGCCGUGUUCUUCAUGGGUGCCUGUAAUGAAGCGGGCAUUGAGGUCGAUCUCCCUCAGAUUCUGCAGGCCCAUAGUUUGGGAGACUUGAUUGAUCAGAUUGGAAGGUCACAGCGGCCUCAUGAACAACUCUGCAACAGGGAUAUGGCUGUUAACGAUGCGCCCCGAGGAUAUAUUCCCGAAGAUGUUGAGAUAGACGCAAUCGGCCCUGCCUCCCCAAUGCAAGAGAAUAUGGUCGCUCGUCAAGCCAUUGAACCCCGGGAAUAUCAACUCCAGCUUACGGCCAGGAUCGCCUCUGUAAACCCGGCAGUCUUGCUGACGACCAGCACGGUCGAGGAAGCGUGGAAAGCGGUGGUUUGCAGACAUGCUGCCCUGAGAACAAAAUUCGCCAACAGUGUCGACCGUCCUGGAAGGCUCGACCAGGUAGUGGCAAGAGAAAUAGACCCGGAAAUCAACAUUACGAGCAUAUCUGCAGCAGCAAAGGCAAAGGCAGCCUUCGAGGGGUACAGCUCCGACUAUUCACAUUGGCUCUCUCUCACCCAGCAGGCGGACAAUCAAGUGUUGUUGAACCUCUCAAUAUCGCACGCGCUAAUCGACGGCGUCUCAAUCGAGAUUAUUAUGCGAGACCUAUUCACAUUCUUAUCAGGGACAUGUCCUGCAGCGGAGCCCAUGCAACCGGCCGAGUUCCUAUGUGCACAACCUGAUACAUCGCCUGAGGCUCUUUCGUACUGGACCCGAUACAUGCAGAAGGCACAAGGCAGCUUUCUCAGUAGCACCGGCACCGGAGGCAAGAAACCGCCUACGGGGUUGUACACAAUUGAUAAGGAAAUUGCUAUCACUCCAGAGGUCAUUCAGGCCUUCUCGGAGCAGUCCAACGCGACCCUAGCAAAUGCUUGCCAGGUAGCAUUUGCGCUCGUCCUGCGCUCUUAUACCGGGUCAAACAACGUCUGCUUUUCCUACACGGCCUCAGGGCGCCAUAAGCGUAGCAAGGACUUGAGGGGUGCUGCAGGGAACUUCGUCAACACAAUUCCGUUUUGUGUGGAGCUCGGGAGCAAGACGACGAUUGCAGAAGCUCUCCAAUGCGCCCACGCGGACUACCUGGAUAGCCUACCGUACCAGGGGGCUAGCUUGAACGGCAACCAGGAUAUGGAAGGCCCCUCGGUGCGCGAGCUUGGUGACUGUUUGCUUUCCUUCCAGCGAGGCAUGCCGGAGGCGGGAUUGGAGAGGAUCGGUAUUGCCGUUGAGGUUGUGUCCUGGGAGGCUCCCACAGACUACAAUUACACGCUGGCGAUCAGCAUCGAGAAGCAGCGACUGGGACUGCGACUGACCACGUGGGAAACGGUUUGCUCGAGAGAUGCUGCACUGAAUGUCCUGCAGCUUUUUAUAGAUAGCAUGGACUUCGUGCAGCGGCAUACGAACGAGCCUUGGUCUAGAUUCAGGGGUCUAACUACGCGAGACCAAGGGGAAAUUAUUGCUAUGAAUAAAAGCCCGUACCCGCUGAUGCAAGAGUGCGUCCACGAUCUUGUAUGGCACACCAGACACCGACAGCCAGACAGUGUCGCUGUGUGCGCCUGGGAUGGGGAACUCACAUACCGUGAACUGUGCGACUUCGCCUCCCAACUGGCUGCCAGGCUUGGCGAGCUCGGUGCAAAGGUCGAGGACAGGAUUGGCGUGUGUAUGGAUAAAUCCCGUUGGGCUCCUGUGGUCAUACUGGGAAUUCUGCAAGCCGGUGGCGCGGUUCUUCCUCUGGGAAACCAGCAUCCGCCACUUCAUAUCCAGACGAUUGUGCGCAAUGCGGAUAUAUCGAUAUUGAUAGCUGAUCCAUCCCAUGCCAAACGGCUGGGGGCUCAUGUAGCACACACGGUUACGGUAGAUGAUAAGUAUUUCGGUCAGGGUCGACCACCUACACCGACUCAACAAAUGGGGCGCAGAAUAUCACCAGACAACGCAGCCUGGAUUGUUCACACCUCUGGGAGCACAGGUGUGCCCAAGGCUGUUGUCCUGGAACACAAGACCCUUUGUUCGCCCAUGGCGGUCCAAGCAGCCCGCUAUAACAUGGGUCCGUGGACACGGGCCCUGCAGUUCUCAGCGCACACUUUCGACGUAUGCGUCAAAGACAUCUUCACAACGCUGGCUGUGGGCGGCUGCGUCUGCAUCCCAUCAGAAGAACAACGGCUUGAUCACCUGGGCCUGGUCAUGACGAAUAUGAAAGUCAAUUUCGCAUCCCUUACCCCAACGGUUGCUUCACUGCUUCAUCCCCAAGAUGUUCCUCUCCUAGAUACAUUAGUAUUGACGGGAGAAGCGCUCAGCCCGGGGGUUGUGCGAGAGUGGCUGGAUGAUGGGCGUGUAAAGUUGUAUAACGCCUACGGUCCGUCCGAAUGCUCGCAUGUAUCGACGAUCAACGGGCCCUUGACUCGCGUGGAGGACACAAUGAUUAUUGGUUUCCCGGCAGCUAACAGGCUCUGGGUAGCUGAUGCUGAUAAUUUCAACCGCCUAUCCCCCAUCGGGGGUGUAGGGGAGCUCUUAAUCGAGGGCUCAAUCGCGCGUGAAUAUCUCCAUGAUCCAGAAAGAUCUGCAGCAGCGUUUGUGACGGACCCGGUGUUUGUCACAAUGCUAGGGCUACAGCCUGGGAGACGCAUGUAUCGCACAGGGGAUCUGGUUCGGCAGACUGCAGAUGGUUCAUUGGAAUACCUGGGCCGUAGGGAUACGCAGAUUAAGGUACGGGGACAGCGGGUGGACGUGGGAGGAAUUGAGAGUCGUAUAUCACAGCUGCUCACCGGGCGUCCACUGGUCUGUGUGGAUUUAGUACAGCUACGAAAUGCUCCGUCGGAGUCGUCGAUGCUCAUGGCCGCUAUUGAUAUGCAUGGAGCGCCUUCUCACAAGAACAGUGACUCGAUGCCCUGGAAUAUCUGUGAGCCUUCCCAAGCUCUGAUAGACUUAUUGCACGGGUUGGAUUCGCAGCUGGUGGACUGUCUUCCACAGUAUAUGGUGCCGACCCACUAUGUGCCUUUUGUAUCAUUGCCCAUGAACACCUCAGGGAAGCUGGACCGGCGAAAAACCCGCGCGUUACUUGAAGCCUUGACAGGAAACCAGCUAGGAGCUUUCAAACAAGUCGCAGGCCGGGCCACAAUAUCAACCGAGACAGAGAGGAAACUGCAGGUAAUCUGGGCUGAUGUGCUUAGGUGCCCCGUAGCUGAUAUAGGCGGCGAUACGCACUUCAGGCACGUUGGAGGUGACUCGGUUGUAGCUAUGCGCAUGGCAGGGAUUGCUAGGAGGACAGGCAUAUCCCUGUCUGUUGCCGAAAUUGUCCAACACCCACGAUUGUCAGAGAUGGCGCGAGUCGUUGACGGACACGGUUCUAUGAACCAGAGGGUCGCGAGCAAUGACCCUCUGCCAUUCAGCUUGUGGAAGGGGUUCCCUUCUGCGAGUGCCGAGGAUCAGAGAGCGCGAUUAGCGAGUUUGGCCAUCCAGUGCAACGUCCACCCCAGUGAGAUAGAAGAUGUGUAUCCCACUACAGCCUUACAAGAAGGUCUCAUGGCUGCCACCACCCGGUCGCCUUAG